GAUAAACAUUGCAACCUGAGCCGCCGAGCUCAGUGUGGCCAAACAAGCGUGAGGAGCCGCGGACCCUCCAGUCAGUCCCCGCUGCAAAACCGGACUUACCCUGCCGUGAUACAGACCCGCACCUGCUGAAGCACCGUCUCAGGGGACGAGAGUUUGAGUCAUUUCCCCCCCGAGGACCUGCCGGCCCCGCCAGUAGCCGCCGCACGCAGCUGACCUCCAGCCCCAAACACGCUCUCCCGGAGGGGACGAGGCUCUCCUCGGUGUGCAGGGGCCGCCACCCCCACCCCCAGUACCGCCCCGUGUGGUGCCCGCGGACGGUGCCCGAAUAUGAGACACAAUGAGCCAAAGAGACACCUUGGUUCAUCUGUUUGCAGGAGGAUGUGGGGGAACGGUGGGCGCUAUAUUGACGUGUCCUCUGGAAGUCGUGAAGACUCGUCUCCAGUCGUCCACCAUCACCUUCUAUGUAUCUGAGGUUCAGCUCAGUACUGUGAAUGGGGCCAGUGUGGCCCGCAUGUCCCCACCGGGCCCCCUACAUUGUCUCAAGUUAAUAUUGGAGAAGGAGGGACCCCGCUCUCUUUUCAGGGGCUUGGGGCCAAACUUGGUGGGCGUGGCUCCUUCCAGAGCGAUCUACUUUGCUGCUUACUCCACUGCCAAAGAGAAACUAAACGGCGUGUUAGAACCAGACUCCACACAAGUCCAUAUGGUGUCGGCUGGAAUGGCAGGUUUCACAGCCAUCACAGCAACAAAUCCCAUAUGGCUUAUAAAGACGCGUCUGCAGCUGGAUGCAAGGAAUCGAGGGGAGCAGAGGAUGAAUGCGUUUCAGUGUGUGCGGCGAGUGUACCAAGCAGAUGGCUUGCGAGGCUUCUACAGGGGAAUGUCGGCGUCUUACGCUGGUAUCUCAGAGACUGUGAUCCACUUUGUGAUCUAUGAAAAUAUUAAACGGCGCCUCUUGGAGUACAAGGCACCGCAGAACAUGGAUGAGGAGGAGGAAGUGUCAAAAGAUGCUUCAGACUUCGUCGGGAUGAUGCUCGCUGCUGCAACCUCCAAAACUUGUGCCACAUCUAUUGCUUAUCCUCAUGAGGUGAUCCGCACCAGGCUACGAGAAGAGGGCACCAAGUACCGGUCCUUCUUCCAGACUCUAACAACUGUGCCCAAAGAGGAGGGCUACCGCGCUCUGUACCGGGGCCUCACGACUCACCUGAUACGUCAGAUUCCCAACACCGCCAUCAUGAUGUGCACCUACGAGUUGGUGGUCUACCUCCUGAACGGUUAACCCCCGCCCCCCACACUCAAACAACCUGCAACCCCGUUCAGAAAUGGAUUGAAAACCAGAGCCACCUGCACGCCAGCUAACAACCCGUUCGCCAGCAAAGGACAAAGACGGCACCGCAGUGACUCCAGUGUUUUGUUUAAGAAUUAGAGGUUUGUCUGUAACAGAAGGGUGUGCCGCCAAGGCGAGGUUAAAAGAUUCUCAAAUUGAUUUGGAGGAGGAGGAGUGGUUGCCCUGUUUCCAGUUUCAUUGGAUCCCUUCAUUUCUCCUUUUUGGACAUAAAUGCGUCUGUGCUUAGCUCGGUUACAGUAAACUCUUGCCUCCAACAUAACUGUCAGUGAAGAGAAUUAAAGUAAUUCCACGUCUCAAAUCUCUGAACAGAUGGGUACUUCUUCAACAGCCGGCUGUGGUGUCGUCCUGAUGAUCAUGUUUAAAACAUACCUAAAGUAGCACAGUAUCCCCGCAUCCCCACACCGUGUAAAGCCCAGAGAAAAAACAUGUAGGAGUCAGUAGCUCCGUAUGCCGUGGCGGGAUUGAUGGUCUGGAUUCAGCAAGACCGAGUGGGGAAUCAGUACUUGAGCCUUGUCUAAGCAGGAUAAACAGAAAAACCAGCUUUGGGAGAGUUAAAAGACGAUGUGCCUUGUGUGAAAAGAUCCCACGGACCAGAAUGCACAGCAGCUGCGAGCAGAUGCGCGGGGCCCCCUGCCCACCUGUAACAAUCAGGAGAGCAGAAACGACAAGGACACACGCAGCCAAAUGUUCUCACCAUCUCCGAUAACGCAGCAGUUUUUACAUACAUGAACGUACGUGCAUCUCCACCCCAUGUGGGAGGUUCCAGGGGUUUAGAAAUGAAUCGAUUAAAAGCAGAACAUUAUCCAGUUCUCCAACUGCUGGAGUGUAAAAAAGCAAGAGGGGGGGCUUUCUGACAGGAAGGAAUUAAACAUUUGCCCGUGUUGUGUGUGUGUGUAAAAUAAAUAUUAACAAAUUUUAACAAAACAGGCUUUCGAUAAAUAUAUAUAUAUAUAUAUGAAGAUAAUAUAUUACCUAGGUAACCUGAUUGUGUUGUAGUCUCAGCCCACUUUUGGCAAAACGCUAACAUGUAGUGCGUUUCCUCUGGAGAAGAAGAGGUCAUCUGGUACCUGGAACUCAGACAAGGUUUUGUUCCCAAAGCCCUUUUUUAAUCCUCUUCCUCCACAAGGUUCAUCUCAUUUUCUUGUUUUGGGUUGUUUUGUUGUUGUUUCCCCCCCCCCUCAGAUGGUGAAUCUGGGCUUGUACACCAGGCAAGGACAAUCCUCUUGAGUUUACACUGAUAAACUGGUAACCGGUUCAGCAAGAAAGUGAAGAAACGAACCAGAAACGUGUACAUUAACGCACAGUCAUUGCAUACAGGCACGCACAGGGAAUUAAAAAAAAUCAUUUUCAUUCUUCAGUUAAGGAGAAGAAAAACCAGAAGGUUAGAAAAUUGAAUAUUUUUAGUUUACUGUGGCAUGAUGUCCAGUGAUUUGUCGGAGGAGGAGAAAGAUAUUUACCGUCUGCUUUGAAAACACUUUUUAACAAGUUGCGUCGCCUUUCCGAUCGGCGCAAACUGCAGUGACAGUGUUUUACCUGUUGUUUUGUUUAUUUAUCGUCAUUACAUGUCCCAGAAAUGUGCAUUUUCUCAUAAGCUUCAGAGUUGAAGAGCACAGCUUAGCCGGCAACACAAACCAUCCGAUAGGCAGGCAUCGAUAACUUUUCCAAAGAAUGCUCUGCUUGGUGGGUGAGAGCAUUUUUGACCUAAUGAGCUCACUUCCUUUGCAGAAACGCCCAGUGUGUGGCUCUCAACUCUUAGAUGAAACUACUGACACGAUGCUCAACAUGAAGGCAGUUUUAAUUCAGUUUUACUGCACAAAUAAAGGAUGCUAGCUCGGGCUCUGCAUUCAAAUUGUAUUAACUGCUUGUGUACUCCGUCACAUGGAAGGAUGUCCUCACCCAGAUAAUAACAUAUGCAAGCAGAGUGAAACAAAAUGUUAUUGUGCCUGUUAAUGCAGUCACUUUUGAUUUUCCCUCGUUGUAUUCCCGCCAUGACACCGGGUCCUGUGACGAUAAUAUCACCCGGGCGGGUUGGGUCAGACUGAACUGACCCGUGUAAUCAUCUCUUUAUUGGUAAGAGUGUGUGUGUCAGGAUUUGUUCUUCAUGCUGUCCUUUUUAUCCUUUCACAUCCACACAGCUGCGGUGUGUGGCGGUGAGCAUGUGUGUAUUUGUGUGUGAGGUCAUUCAGUUGUUUGUGUAAGAAACCGUAGGAGUAUAUAUGCACUCAGUUGAACACCUGUGAACUGUGUUUCUUUUUCUUCUUUUUUAACUCAUUUUAAACAAAUUGUUGCCUUUUCCUGCUUCCCUUUGCAUACCGCCCCCCUCAAAUGUCAGUAAUGAGCCGACUGUGGGUGUGGCUCACUCUAUGCAUUCUCUCAUACUUGUUUUUGUAAAUGAAAAUGUCAAUAAAAUGAAAGAUGUGCAA